CUACCAAAGUUUGGAAGGGUUCGAGUCCAAGAAACUCGAACAACAUUAUGGAUCGACGAUUAAGAAUUCGACCUAUAACAAAAUCAAGUUUUUACAACUCGAUCAAGUGUAGAUCAAUUUUUGAAGACUCCAUCUAAUAGGGUCGAUGACAAAGGACUCAAUAAAAAAAGAUCAAUUUUUGAAAACUCGAUCUAGUGGGAUCGAUGCCAAAGAAAUCAAUCAUCUAAAACGACUUUAGAAGCCUCGAUCCAAAUUUGCACCAGAUCGAUGCCUUAUGACUCGAACAAAGUGGAUAGAUUGCCCUGGUCUCGAACUACUAUUCAAUUAUCGCCAAGUCGCUUUCCCCCGACAUGCUUUGAGGAUAGGGUUUUAGGAAUAAGAUUCUUUGUUGUACUGGAUCGAGUUUUUUGAACUUGAACUGUACUAGUUCGAUUGCCAUGGACUCGAACCACUGCUCAAUCUUUCUGCCAAGUCGCUUUUAGCCCGACAUGGUUCAGAAUAGGGUGCAGGGAUAAUAUUUUAUUGAUUGUACAAGAUCGAGUUCUUUGGACUCGAACUACGAUAGUUCGAUUACCUGGCCUCAAACCACAGGAAACUUGCACGACCAUAGUCGACGAUCCUCAAGGUAUCGCAACUCGUACAAAUCCUUUGCACCGUUCGGAUAUAGAUCCCACUCCGCCUAAGUUUCAAUAAAUAAACUAAAUCCAUACAAACAAUAUCAACAAAUAAAAUAGUAUUCAUAUUCAUAAAAAUAAAGCAUGGCAGUGAAAAAUAAUUUCAACAAAUAAAUUAGCAUUCAUAUUCAUAAAAAUAAAUCAUGGGCAGUGAAAAAUAAUUUCAACAAUAAAUUAGCAUUCAUAUUCAUAAAAAUAAAUCAUGGGCAAUGACAAAUAAUUUAACAAUAAAUUAGCAUUCAUAUUCAUAAAAAUAAAUCAUGGGCCAAGAAAAAUAAUUUCAUCAAAUAAAAUAGCAUUCAUAUUCAUAAAAAUAAAUUCAUUUUCAUUAGAUAGAAUGUUACCUCGUUGAACUCUAUACGGUCAAGAUGUUGGUUGUACCCGUCUAGAGAGGCGAGUCUAGUGAUAGCUCCAAUCCAUCUAGCACCAUAAGCCGCUUGUCGUAGUGGCUCUUCGGGACCCCAACUGUUGGCAGGGCAGAUCAGAGCGAAAGUAGGAAGGUGUCGCCAAACUCAUAGUUGGAGGAUGAACAUGGCACCACCCGCUUGCUUUGUUUUCGGGUCCGUACACUUUCACAACUCCGCAUAUAUCAUCGCCAAACAAGCAGAUCCCCAAAAUUUUCUCCCAAUCUCGUCCCAAUCUUCCAAAAGAACUUGGAGCCACAUACAACAGACUUGUUCGGAAACAAAAAUCCCCCAACCAAACAAAUCAGGUAUAUGCGAGCAUACCUCUCUAUCUGAGCAUCUGUGGCAUCCUCCGGUAAUUCUCCUGCGGUCCUCACUAGUCAAGGUAUCCAUAGCAUAGACUUGUGUAGAGGUGGUAUACGACGACCUUGUGGUGCUUUCUCGGGGAUGUUGAUGCCUAAACGCUCGCUUAUAAAUUGGCCCCAACAUUCAAUGUUUUCUGUGAACUCUCUAUUAUGGCAUCACCAUCGAUUGGAAGCUCUGUCAGCAUGGCCACAUCCUUCAACGUAAUCGUCAUCUCUCCCUCUAGAAGGUGGAAUGUGUGCGUUUCUUUUCUCCAUCUUUCCACCAUUGACGUAAGAAUGUUGUUGUCCACCUCCAUCGCCACAAAGUUUCACACCCUCAGCAAUCACGCUCUUUCAAUGAAUGGCUUGAUCCGAACAUCCCAUGCACGUAAGCGAGAUAGCGACUGAUGGGUGAUUACGUCAAGUUGUUCAUGUGGAAAAAAACAAUAAUUUUUAUAUGAAAAAAAUUAAAAGAAUACUAUCGCAUUUAAAAAAAGAAAAGUACAUGAGGAAGUGCUUACCAGGUCUGCCGCCCAAACACUUUCAGAUCGAUGAUAAGGUUGUUGAUCCAACAAAUCGGUUUCUCGCGGUCCGCCUUGAAUGUAUAAUCUAGGAUCAUAAAUACUCGGGUCCAUCACGACAAUUUUGAGUGAUAGAAGUACCAAACUAAUGAGAAAAAAAUUGAUGCGGAAGAUCGGGCUUAGCCGCAACCACAAAGCAUUUUUUUUCUUCAAGAGUGUUGGGAGGAAGAGAGGAAGAAGAAUGGAGUGGUGUGAGUUUUGGUGGAAUGGAGGGGGGAAUUUAUAGGUGUUGUGGGAGGAAGUGGAUCGAGUUUAUGUCACUCGAACCACUACAUCGAGUUUUGUGACGUCGAUCCGCGUCAAAAGUAGCUUGAGGGAAGGCAGAUCGAACGACCCAGAUCACGUUUUAAGUACUCGAUCUAUGGUGGAGCGUGUCUGACGUCAUCGAUCAACGUCUAGGUGAUCGAUUUCAAAGGAGUCGAUCCGCGUACAUCGAGUUCCACCCACUCGAUCCGCAUCACUACUGCUUCGCGGAUGUGGCCAUCGAACCGUCCAUAUUGAUUUCCGGUAACACGAUCUAGGGUGGAACGCUGCCUAUGUCAUCGAUCCAUGUUAGUUUUAUCGAGUCUUCUAUCCUCGAUCUACGUAGAUCGAGUUUAAUAACCUCAAUCUGCUUCGUCUUGUUCCAGCCAACCGUGGCCCUUUCACUCGAUGCACGUGGAUAGAUGGCUCGGCAAUCGAUCUAGUUCUAGUUCGAGUUUACUGAACUCGAUUUGUACCAAACUUUGGUAGUUUGGGAAAUUUUUAUAAAAGUUAUGUAUUCUGGGAAUUAUUUUUAAUUAUUGCUGUAUUUAGGGAAAAAAUCCGUAAGUGUACCUUAUCUUUCUAGGAGACAUGUUGGAAAUCCAAAAAUAAUAAAAAUUACUUCUCAAAAGAUGUUGGAAAGUGAAGUAGAAAAGAUAUGCUAAAAAAGCUAAGGGUGGUCGAGAAACAUGGCAUUUAGAUCUAAAAGAUGAGAUGGAGAGACUACACAUGGACACAAUGUGAAGCUUUCCCUUAAGUAAACACGGGCAAGAUCGCAGGCUAUUGUUACAAGAUCGCAACCAUGAUCUUUGCCCUGAACACAAACAUCAUGCUUUCACCCACUUCUUAAGCUUAAUCAUUCAUCUAAAUCAAUCAAACAUCCAAAGACAAGAUGAGGCAAGGGUUAAGUCCUAUCAAUCAUCAUCUACGCAAUCCUAAUCCUCCACUUAAGCAAUUACUCAAAAAGAAAAAGGAAAAAGUAUGCAAACCGAGUUGUUUGGUUGUCUCCCAACAAGCGCGUCUUUUAAAGUCUUUUCGCCGGACUUGACUCCUUAAAAUCAACAGGUAAGAGCUCCAUUAUCCACCGAUGAUUCUUUAUAGAAAUAAUACUUGUGCUUGAAAUUCGAAAGACAUGUCCGGAGAUUGGUGUCAUGUUUGAAAGAACUAAAUUCCCUUGUGUAAAUGUCCUCAUCCGUGAAUGGCUUAUAGCAUUCCCCAGAUUAUUAAUCUUCGAAUAUAGGAGCUAAUUUUCUCUUAAAAUUUUGAACACUUUCCUUUGGGUAUCUCUCUUCAAAGAUGAAUCUUCUAAGUUUCCUCUUAUGAACAUUGGCUUGAUGAGAAAAUUUGAACAACUCUUGAGUAGCCCUUUUGUAAAGAAACUUAACUUUUCUUUACCCGAUGUCUUCAUAAUCUCGCAAGAAUCACUCACACCUUCAACUCUUCAAUCAUGAGGGUCAACAUGAGAGACCAUAUUGAACCAUUCUAUCAUAGGUCUUGAAGGCGGAGUGGUAGGAGGGGUAAUCGGCUCACAAUCCAUUUUGACAUCAUCACAUUUGUAAUACUUGUGAAAAUUGGGGAUUGGAGUCAUCUUGUAGCUUAUCUCUUCCUCUCCAAACCUUAGGGUGAUCUUGCUCCCAGUAACAUCGAUAAUGGUCCUUGUCGUAUCUAAGAAUGGUCAUCCUAGGAUUAUCGAUGCAUCACACCCUUCCGUGUUGAGAACCACAAAGUCCACAGGAUAAACAAAAUGGGAAAACUUCACCAAGACAUUCUUUAUGACUCCUCUUGGCUCGACAAUGGAUCUAUUGGUCAACUCAAUCCGCAUUUUUGUAGGUAUGAGUGGUCCAAGAUCUAACUCAUUGUAUAUUCUUGUAGGCAUAAUAUUGAUACUAGACCCCAAAUAUGCUAGCGUAUUCCAAAAGGUUUUGAUCCCGAAGGUGCAUGGAAUAGUGAAAAUUCCCGGAUCUCUUAAUUUUGGAGGGAAGCCUUCAUAUCCGAUGGAUGCCGAAGCAACUUUACUAAUGGAUACCAUGGUAACUUCUUCCAUUUUCCUCUUUCCCAACAAUAUUUCUUUCAAGAACUUAGUAUAAUUCAGAAUCUUCAUAACCAUGUCUCAAAAGGGGACCGUUACCUUCAAUUUCUUCAAGGUAUCCUUCCACGGAGCACCUUCAUGAUAUAUAUAUAUAUCACUUUCAAAUAACCGUCUUGGAUAAGGAGCUUUUGGUGUUGGAUCGGGUGCUUGAGUCUUCUUAUAUGUCUCCUCGUCUUCAAUCUUGAUUUCGAUAGUAGUUUGCACAUCUUCCCGAACUGACUCUUCUUCUUGAAUAUCUUCAUGUUGAACUUCUCUUACCGGUAUCCUUGGUGUUGAGAUAAGAACCUCCUUCAAAGGUCGAUCACUCCUUAGAGUUACCGCAUGACAUCCCUCCUUAGGCUUAGGUUUGUAUUGCCCGAUAAAGUUCCUUGUGGUCUUUAUGAUAGAGCUUGUGCCAAUGAGCUUAGUUAGGCUUCAAGAUUUUGAAGUGAAACUUGUUGAUUCCUUUGACCCGCUUCCAAUCUUGAGAAUUUGGUCAUAGUAUCCUCUAUGAAUUUGUCAAUAGCCUCAAACUUCUUGUUGGAGUGUGUAACAAAUUGAUCUACCAACUCUUUAAGUUUAGAGACUCGACCAUUGGAGGGUCGACUUUGUUCUUAAUACGCCUCUUAGUACGAGGUUGACUCGGCCUUAGAUAAGCACUUUGCAUAGGCGCUUGAAAUUGAAAUCGUGGAGGAUUUCUAUCCGUUGGUGAAGACCAAAGAAAGUUAGGAUGGUUCCUCCAACCCGGAUUAUAUGGAGAGCUAUAAGGGUUGUUUCCUCGGGAUUUCCCUCCAACAAAGUUGGCUUGCUCAAAUUGUAUUGAGGCCUCAAUCAUAGACUUACAAUCCUCCAUUGUAUGAUUCGAGUCACCACACCAACCACAUUUCAUGAGUUGCUUCCCAUUGCCUUUUAUUGAUGAUGCAGCUUGAUCAAUUUUCUUGGAAAGUUCUUGUAUAUGAGCCGCUAACGAUGUUGGGUCUUCAAUCUUCAAUAAAAUUUCCUUCAUCAC